GUCAAUCUGGACUUUGACGCCCGCGUCCCGAUCCCCUUCAGUGUCUUCCCGUCCUCAUACCGGAGUGACGCUGUCACUACACUGAAAGAUUCAACCGUCAAGGUAGAGGGUAAGGUCGACCUACACCAGACGACUGCAGACGGACGGGAAGACCGCCACUCUGCUGCUGCUGCUGCUGCUGCUGCUGCUGCUGCUGCUGCUCCUCCAACGACAGAGCGCUUUGAAGAAGUCCACAUUCACGAACAGCGUGAACGUCAACCCUCCUCGCACCACCGCUACGCUCACCACGUAGAGCUCACCAAGGAGCGCGACCAAUACCGCGAACCCUACCGUCGAUACACCGACGCCCAGAUCCGCGUCGACAAGACCUCCUUUGAUCGCGAGUACCCUGUUACCCACGGUCCCGCUACUCACUACGCCGGCUCCCAGCUCGACGUCACCGAACGCGAGUUCCGUCAACGCACCCGUCCCGUACAGGGUGAAGUUCGUGUAGACUCUGCUACCCGGACGACUGUUGACGCCCCCAAGAAGUACCGCCUUGAUAUGGGAUAUUACGACAACGAAGGUCAUCACCACUCGUUUCGUCAAGGUCUCCACCGCGUCGCCGAACGUAUCCGUCACCCCAUUCACGCCUCCCACCGCGACCACCACCACCACUCCUCUCACCACGUCCCAUCUGAUCGUGAGGAAGUAGUCAUCAAGGAAUCCCACUCGGCCGCCUCUGCUCCUCGCGGCUCCGAGAAGCCCAUGGCUUCUGCAAACACCAUCACCAUCCCCUGCCACCACAUCCGCAUUGGCGACCUGGUCAUCCUCCAGGGCCGCCCUUGCCAGGUCAUCCGCAUCACCACCUCGUCCCAGACCGGCCAGCACCGCUACCUCGGUGUCGAUCUCUUCACCAAGCAGCUCCAUGAAGAGUCGAGCUUCAUCUCCAACCCGGCCCCCUCGGUCAUUGUCCAGAACAUGCUUGGUCCUGUCUUUAAGCAGUACCGUGUUCUUGACAUUCGCGAGGACGGCUCCGUCGUUGCCAUGACCGAGACUGGUGACAUCAAGCAGGGUGUCCCCGUUCUGGACCAGAGCAACCUUCUCGCCCGCUUGACCGAGUCCUUUGACAAUGGUCGUGGCAGCAUUCGCGUGCUCGUCAUCAACGACAAUGGCAGCGAGCUCGCCGUCGACUACAAGGUCGUGCACGGCUCCCGUCUGUAG